GUGUGGGCGCAGCGCGCUGGGUCCGCCGGUUUGGCGGGUCCUACUGGCCGGCUGGGUGGCGGAGCAGGUGGCUGGUCCCACUCCCGGACCCCUGCUUCUACCGCGGGCCCGGAGGAGGCUGAGUCGUAGGCGGCGCGCAGGCUUUGCGUAACCAGGCCGCCCGCCCCCUUCUGCCGCCCUAUAUGGCACCCGCCGCCGCUUCCUGGCAUGGAGCGAGCGGCCGCCUGCCGGGAUGGAGCUGGCGGAGCCGCGCCUGCUGGACGCGCUCGCCUGCCUAGAGUGCUUCCUGGGCGCCCUGGGCUUCGUGUGGAUCUUGCUGGUGGGCGCUCCCUAUGGCCGCUACUCACCGCAGUGGCGGGGCCGCCGCCUUCCCGCGAAGACCGCCUGGGUCCUGCAGGAGCUGCCCUCGCUGGUCUGGCCGCUCUGCGAGUGCGUUCGCGCGUCCUCGGAGCGUCUCCGCAGCUGGCCCAACCGCAUCCUCCUGGCCAUGUUCAUCGUCCACUACGUGCACCGCACCUUGAUUUUCCCAUAUCUGAUUCGAGGAGGAAAGCCCACACUGCUGUAUUCAUGGGCGAUGGCGUUUGUUUUCUGUACCUAUAAUGGCUACUUGCAAAGCAGAUACUUGAGCCAAUAUGCAGUGUAUGCGGACGACUGGGUCACCCAGCCCCGUUUUCUAACAGGUUUUGCCUUGUGGUUAUUGGGCAUGCUGAUCAACAUCCACUCAGAUCACAUCCUGAGGAACCUCAGAAAACCCGGGGAGACUGGAUACCGGAUUCCCAGGGGAGGCUUAUUUGAAUAUGUAAGUGGAGCCAACUACUUUGGGGAAACCGUGGAGUGGUGUGGCUUCGCGCUGGCCAGCUGGUCCCUCCAAGGUGGGGCGUUUGCUCUCUUCACCUUCUGUAUUUUAUUGGCCAGAGCAAAUAAUCAUCACCAGUGGUAUCUCGAGAAGUUUGAAGAUUAUCCAAAGUUCAGAAAAAUUAUAAUCCCAUUUUUGCUUUGAAUAUGUUAUCAAUGAAAUCAUCUUCAACUGGAAGUUCUCAGUGGUGUUUUUCUGGGGACCUUAUAAAUGAGCAUCUCCUUAAUCUCCCUGCUUUUUUGUUGUUUUUAUGAUACGCUGGAUUUUUCCUCAUACCCUGGUGAUCUGCCUAAUUAUAAGCUAAUCAAACUGAAAUCCAAGUUGAAGGAUCGGGCUGCGCUGAUAACUGCUCAGUCACCGCUUUCCCUCUUUGGGCUUAAUGUGGGUAAGACCAGAACGUGCAGCUGUCUUCGAUGGCUUCUCAGGGGCAGCAGGUUUCACUGUCCCUUCUGCACCUCCCUGUGUUGAUCGGUUCAAGGUCAGGGGCAGUGUGGACCGACCCUCCCCAGCCCCCUCCAAGGGGAAAUGCUGUCUGCACACUUAGACCUGAGAGGCCCGGGUUCCAGCUGCACAGUCACUGCCCGUGGGGACAGCGGGGAGCGAGGCCACUAAGGCUGCGCCCUGGCAUCUGGCGCUUGUUCCAGCCCAGCUUCAGCAGCGCAGGGCGGUGCAGGGGCUGCUCCACAAGAGCAAAUGGAGGCGAAGGUGUGCCGGGGGCAGCCACUCAGCCUCGGGCAGCCUUGCACACUGCCCAGGUGCCUCCAGCGUGCUCCAUGGCUCUUUUCUUCCUUUAGUCUGGAAAGAAGAAUUUUCUAAGGCCCUUUUUUUCUUUAUCUCUUAAUAUAACACAACAGAAUCUUGAAACAGUUUAAUUCUGAUGCGCCCAAGGAUACAUGGAGACAAAUGACAGGAGUUAGAGGUGUCAACUGCCUAAGUACAGAUUUUGAAGCAAAAGCUCCAUCUCGGAGGACCUUGAAUCCCUCCGCGACUUUGUGAGAAUCCAUGAACACAGCCGCAAGGUCCCUCCCGCUGGAUGCUUCAGCCUCACUGAUGCAGAGGCCAGCGGCAGCUGGAGGAUGUGGUGCUGAAGAGGCUGUUUUGCCCCGUGGCUGGUCCUGGUCGGCUCAGCUGGCCUUCAGCGCGGGGCGCGCCCUUCUCGGCAUCCCCACAGACAGCGCUUCCUCUGCGCGGUGGGUGGUAGUCUCUCGUGGUUCUAGAGUCGACAGAAAACUUCAUGCUGUGGCUGUUUCACUUUAACAAAAAGCAGUGUUUUUGCAGGGGAAGUUUGUUAGAUAAACUUCUGCCCUUUUUCUGUCCAAAUAAUUGUGUGAAACCCUAAAGCAAUAAAUAUUCUGGAUAUCCUCAGGAA